GUCAGACGGACAAUGGCCGAAUAUGCGCUGUCAGCGUCCGCACCUGCCCGGAGCCCGCGGAGCAGGAGCCAGAGGCAGAAGAUGGCGAAGGCUCCGAGGCCUCUUCGGUGGAGGUCGACGUCGAGGAAGAUCUGAAGUGUGGCUUCUGCCAGGACAAGGCGGCAGGGAAGGAGAGCAUUGAAGAUUUCCUGGUCGACAAGCUCAAGUUGCCGAUCAACGUGCUUGGCGAGACGGCGACUUGCGUCUUCCAUGCGGUCUUCGAUGGGCAUGGUGGUCCGUACUGUGCAGAGCAUGUGUCCACCCACUUGGCCAAGAACAUCUUGGCACGCCUCAGGGACCGAGCCACGAACGUGAGUGACGAGGUUGCCGUGAAGACUGCUAUUGCCGCCGGCUUCAAGCAGACCGAGCACAACUUCCUUCAGCAUGCCAAGAAGACUGACGACAGCUCGGGCAGCACUGCCUGCACCAUGACUGUCUUCGGUCCUGAUGAGCAGAUGCGGCUGCGGCUGUUCAUGGCCAACUGUGGGGAUUCUCGGGCGGUGCUGUGCACCGGCGGUGGCACGGCUGUGCGUCUGACCGAGGACCACAAGCCCAAUUUGCCAGCAGAGAAGAAGCGAAUCGAGGCUGCCGAUGGAGGAGUGGUGGAAGUCGCGGGAAUAUGGCGGGCAGUGCUUCCCCAGAAGAAGCGCAUUCUGAGCAAGAUCGCCGGCCUCGCUGUGUCGCGGAGUUUUGGCGACAAGGACUUCAAAGGCCCCGACAUCGUGAGCGCCGAGCCGGAGAUCACCGUGCAUGAGGUGGACUGGGAUGCCGACGAGUUCGUCAUCCUUGCCACGGAUGGCGUUUGGGAUGUCCUCUCCGACAAAGACUCCGUGGCUCUGGUGCGGCAAUUCCUCCAGGACGGCUUGUCGGAGGAGAAAGCCGCGGAGGCCCUUGUGAAGCGGGCAAGGGAGAAGGAGAGUCAGGACGACUGUACAGCUUUGGUCGUUCGCUUUGCCUGGAAUUCCUCCAGUGCCGGCGCGAAAGCGCCAGCUCCCGAGGGUGAGGAGAAGGAAGACGGGAUGGCUGCAGAAGAACCCAUGGAGGUGGGCGAGGAAGGUGAGGAGGAGCCCAUGGAAGAUGACGAAGGUGAGGAGGAGGCUUUCGCGGCCAUGGCAGCUGCCAUGGCCGCGCAACCUGGCGCAGUGCAGGGCCCGGGAGAAGAAGACGAGGAAGACGCGGCUCCGGCACCCGAGGGCCCAUCGGCAGCGCAGCCACGAAAGGCGGAAACUCGGGACAUCUUCUCACAAGCAGCAGAUGGCGAGGCCGAGGAAAUGGACGAGGAGGCGGCCGGCCUCAAGCGAUGGGACAAAGCGCAGCCUUCCGAUACGCCCUUGGCCUCGGAGCUCUUCGAGGGCCUCGGGCCGACCCGGGAGGAGCUCCAUGAGCAGGGUGCUGCCCCUAUCGGUCCUGCUCUUCUUGGAGGCUUGUUGAAAGAUGUCGGCGACGACAAAGAGAAGGAGGCUACUGAGGAGCCCCAGAAGGAAGCCGUUGACGCCGACAUGGAUAUGUUUGGGUAG